AAUCAAGUGAAAGCGAGCGUUUAGAUUUUUAUUUUCGAUUUAAAAUUAAUUAAAAAGACACAAGGAUCUUCCAAAAAUGAGUUUCAUUAGGAAUUUUCUAUUCGCGACAUCAGCGAUCGUUCUCUCUUCGAUUUUCGUUUCCGGUUUUCCCGAUGGUGCACCAGUAGAUGCGUGUGUCAAACCAAGACCGAAUCAACCCUAUCAUGGGGAUGCAAGAAGUCAACCCUCGGAUAAAAGCCCCUAUACGUUAGUAGCCUCAUCGUCAGAAUACGUUCCAGGAGCUCAAAUUACCGUAACUAUUAGUGGUUCAGCUUUCAAAGGAUUCUUUUUACAAGCACGCGAUAGUAAUACCCAUGCAUGGAUUGGUUCUUGGGCACAAACACCAAAUACAAACACCCAUCCUGAAUGUAGUGCUGUAACGCACGCAGAUCCACGUGAGAAACAACAGGCCACUCUUAUUUGGAAUGCACCACCGAAUACUCGAGGCCAAGUUUACUUUACCGGUACUGUUUUAAAAGAAUAUGCGUUAUUUUGGUCGGAUUUGGUUGCACGAGUGGCUUAAUGAAAUGAAAGAAGAAAUACGAGAAC